AUGACGCUUCACGUUGAAAGAGUAUCGAUGGGGCUCGGACUGCCGAAAAAUGUUGUCGGUAAAACGUGUCAGGUUAAAAUGGAAUUUCCAGCCGCUAUGCUCUUUCAGCUCAUCUCGAAAAAGCGAUUCGCGCCUACCCCUGUAAAUCGCCAUCAUUUUGAGGCCAUUUUCGUAGCCCUUGUGUCCUCCUUCAUCGUCAGUCACGCCGCGCGACGGACAGAGCGAUGGCCUUCACGGUGUGACCCCAAGACGAUGGAAUUGAUAAUCGAGGAAGAAGAACGCUCAUUUAAUGAAGAAAUGAAGCCGCAGACCCAGAUGAAGUACAAACAAAAAUUUGGCGGACCCUCAUUGUAUUAUUCGGAGAGAGGGGAAUUUACCGGAAGUCCGAGAGCCGAGCCGUUGACUGGAGAUCGGCAGGGAGAAAUCUAUUCCCAAGACGAAAACUGGUGCUACUCCUGCGUCACCCCGCUCCAGCUCCUCUCCAAAGAUAUGCAAACCUCGGUCAAAAAUUUCUUGCAAAUGCGUAGAACCGAGUAUCCUAAAGAACACGUGACGCAAGAGUGCCUGAACGGCCGAAACGUCUCCAAGAUCCACAAGCAAAAAUGUCUACAUAAAUACUGCCAAACCCUGGUCUUGAAUGACCAUAAUCAAGGCGCGUCAUUUGUGCUGCGGGGUUGUGCCGAGAAUUUUGGAGCCGUCGACCCGAAGAAGUUCGAGGAGAAGGAGGAGAACUCGUGUACAAAGCUACACCAUACCCUCGACAUCCGGGAGUGGGAGAUCUCUAGCCAAGCCGAUCGAAUC